AUGGCGGUUGAUUUUCUCUCAAGCGAUAUCGUCUUUCCAUCCGAUAGCAAUGAACCCAAAUUGUCGGCCGACCCUUGCACGAAAAUGCCUGAAUCGGUGGAUUGGGCUGUUUAUGAUUACUACAGCACCGCGCUUGAAAAGCAAUGCACACCCUUACACUCGCUCACGGACCUGUGUCGAUUAGAACCCGUAAAAGAUGAAAAACCUUUGUGGAAGUAUCCCCCCUUGUUUGCCCUGCAAGAUAAACAAGAUGAUCAAGCCGUCAUCCUGGUGCUCUCUAGCACAUUAAAGACCGCCAAUUACUCUCCCCCAAUCAUUCAACCACCAUCACAGAAACAGGAUUUACGAGCCGCGUUAAGAGGAGCAUUAGAAAUUGUCGAAAAUGAUAUGCAACGUAACAAUGCCUAUGAUCACUUCCCGUCAAGGAACCCCGCCACCGCUACUCCCACCACCACCACGAAACAGACGGCAGCCACCCAUGCAUGGAGUUGGAAGGAUGAAUUCGUUCAGCGCGCCACCAAUAAAUUACACCAUUGGGAUAAAGAGGAUUUCGACCUUGAUGGAGAUUAUCCCGUACCCUCGCCAGCUUAUUCACUUAUCUCCAAUAACCCUGUGCUGCUGGAAUCCUCGACGACCUCCCCCCUCAGCUCAUGUCUCCAGGAUCAUCCCAUCAAACCACGGUCAUCGCCACCCCUUCAAGCAAGCCAGGCUUUGCAAUUAGAACGAUCAGGUCCGUCCGUUGAACCUGUAACCGAGUCGAAACACAAGGAGGAGCCAACCUGUUAUGAACCUACGUCGGUGACGGAAAAACCCAGCAUGACCCAUAUGAAACCUUGGAAAUUACUGGUUCAGAAGCUGAAAAAAUCAUUCAAGAAGCAUCAUCAACAUAACAACAACAACAACAAAUCCGAAUCAUCCAAUCGUUUCAGAAGAUUCUUCCAACGGCAACCACCGAAACUCGAUGCUUAA